AUGCUGUCCAUCUGCUGAACUUCAACCCCGCAUAUCAUCUCUGCCGGUCAGCCUGCCUUAUCCACAGAUUAGUCCGGGUAAGACAACAUUCAUUUGCUUUAACCAGUCAACAUGUUGUCUAACUGUGAGUUAGAGGAGUGGGCCUCUUAAGGACAGUACACUUCCGGAGAGUUCCACUUGGGAGCAGAGCAGUCCCGGACAGUGCUUCGGACCUCUAAUCCAGAGAGCAGCGACAAUCUCCAGGAGAUCUUCAGAGAGCAUUUAGACCCCAAACUAGACGGAAGCAGCAUCAUGUUGAGCAAAGACCUGCCAGACAUUGAGAGCAUCCUGGCUCUGAAUCCCAGGGUGAAGACUCAUGCUCAGAUUAUGUCCACGGCCAACAAGAAGAAAGAAAAGACACACUGGAAGAGAAACCAUGAAAAGAGCUGUGAUUCUUGUGUGGACUUAGAAAACAACUUUGAUGAUAUCAAACACACAACGCUGAGUGAGCGUGGAGCUCUACGAGAAGCACUCAGGUGUCUUAAAUGCGUGGAUGCUCCCUGUCAGAAGAGCUGCCCUACUAACCUGGACAUCAAGUCAUUUAUUACAAGCAUCUCUAAUAAGAACUACUAUGGGUCAGCACGGGCCAUCCUUUCUGACAACCCGCUGGGCCUGACCUGUGGAAUGGUGUGUCCCACAUCAGAGCUGUGUGUGGGGGGCUGCAACUUGUUUGCUUCUGAGGAGGGACCCAUUAAUAUCGGAGGGCUGCAGCAGUUUGCUACCGAGGUGUUUAGCAAGAUGGGCAUCCCUCAGAUCAGGAAUCCUGAACUGCCACCAGCCAAUGAGAUGCCAGAGAUUUACCAUGCCCCCAUAGCUCUGAUUGGUUGUGGCCCUGCGUCAAUCAGCUGCGGCUCCUUCCUGGCCCGCCUUGGAUAUGAUAAUAUUACCAUAUUUGAGAAACAGAAGUGGAUUGGAGGGCUGAGCACAGCAGAGAUCCCUGAGUUCCGGCUUCCCUAUGAGGUUGUGCAGUUUGAAAUAGACCUGAUGAAGGACUUAGGAGUAAAGGUGAUUUGUGAGAAGGGUCUGGGUGUUGAUGGAAUGACUUUGACUUCCCUGAAAGAGGAAGGAUUCAAGGCAGUCUUCAUCGGGAUUGGUCUCCCUCAGGCCAACAAAGCUAAAAUCUUCCAGAAUCUGACGAUGGAUCAGGGCUUCUUCACUUCCAAAGACUUUCUGCCCAUGGUGGCCACAGCCAGCAAGAAAGGCAUGUGUCAGUGUCGCUCCUCUCUGCCAGAGUUGAGAGGAGUGGUGAUCGUCCUCGGGGCCGGGGACACUGCAUUUGACUGUGCCACCUCGGCCCUCCGCUGUGGAGCCAGGAGAGUGUUUGUGUGCUUCAGGAAGGGAUUCACUAACAUCAGGGCCGUCCCUGAGGAGAUGGAGUUGGCGAAGGAGGAGAAGUGUGAGUUCCUGCCCUUCCUGUCUCCUCGGGAGGUCAUCAUGAAGAACGGUCGUGUUGCCGGGCUACAGUUAUGUCGCACGGAGCAGACUGAGGAAGGUGAUUGGCUGGAAGACGAGGAGCAAAUUGUCAGGCUGAAGGCUGAUUACAUCAUCAGUGCCUUUGGUUCCAUGCUCAACGAGCCGCAAGUGAAGGAGGCCAUGGCUCCCGUGAAGAUGACACGCUGGGGGACUCCGGAGGUGAACACGGACACCAUGCAGACCAGCGAGCCCUGGGUGUUUGCAGGAGGAGACAUCGCCGGUUUGGCCAACACCACGGUGGAAUCAACGAACGAUGGCAAACAGGCUUCAUGGCACAUCCACAGAUACAUGCAGUCUCAGCAUGGACACUCAGUGGACCCGGUUCCCAAGCUGCCACUGUUCUUCAGUGCUAUAGAUCAGGUGGACAUCAGCGUGGAGCUUUGUGGAAUACAUUUCCCCAACCCGUUUGGCCUGGCGUCUGCCCCCCCAACCACCAGCACCGCUAUGAUCAGAAGAGCUUUUGAACAGGGAUGGGGCUUCGCUCUGACCAAGACCUUUGGACUGAACAAGGAUCUGGUGACCAACGUGUCCCCUCGUAUUGUACGUGGCACCACCUCAGGACAUAUGUUCGGACCCGGCCAGGGCUCCUUCCUCAACAUUGAGCUCAUCAGUGAGAAGACCGCCGCCUACUGGUGCCAGUCAGUGGCCGAGCUGAAGAAGGACUUCCCCAAUAACGUGGUGAUCUCCAGCAUUAUGUGCAGUUACAACAAGGAAGACUGGACAGAAAUAGCCAUAAUGGCAGAGGAUUCUGGAGCAGAUGCUUUGGAGCUGAACCUGUCCUGUCCUCAUGGGAUGGGAGAGAGAGGCAUGGGACUGGCCUGUGGACAGGACCCGGUGAUGGUGCGUAACAUCUGUCACUGGGUGCGUGCGGCCGUUACCAUUCCGUUCUUCGCCAAACUGACACCAAACGUCACCAACAUUGUCGACAUCGCCAAGGCUGCUCAUGAAGGUGGAGCAGAUGGAGUGACAGCCACCAACACAGUCUCAGGUAUGAUGGGACUGAAGGCUGACGCCUCCCCCUGGCCGGCGGUUGGAAAGGGCAAACGCACCACGUAUGGAGGGGUGUCUGGUAAUGCCAUCAGACCCAUCGCUCUCAGGGCGGUGUCCGCCAUCGCCAGAGCCCUCCCUGGUUUCCCCAUCCUGGCCACGGGAGGCAUCGACUCUGCAGAGAGCGGACUACAGUUCCUCCACGCCGGAGCCUCAGUGUUACAGGUGUGCAGUGCAGUCCAGAACCAGGACUUCACAGUCAUUGAGGAUUACUGUGUGGGUCUGAAGGCCUUGUUGUACCUGAAAAGCCUGGAGCUGAGGGACUGGGACGGCCAGUCUCCUCCCACAGAGAGACAUCAGAAGGGAAAACCAGUUCCCAGACUGGAAGAACUGGUGGGACAGAGCCUCCCUAGCUUUGGUCCCUACCUCCAGCAGAGGACAGACGUCAUCGCAGACUACAAGAAGAAGAUCAGAAACACAGGACCUGAAGUGAUAGAAACCGACAUCAGACAGGUCAACUCGUCCAAAAAACCUGUCCCUGCUGUCAAGGAUGUGAUAGCCAGGGCGCUGCGUCACAUUGGAACAUAUCAGGAUCUUAGCAACAUGGAGCAGGUCCAGGCUGUGAUAGAUGAGGAGAUGUGCAUCAACUGUGGGAAGUGCUACAUGACCUGCAACGACUCUGGUUACCAGGCUAUAACGUUCGACCCAGAGACCCACCUCCCCAAAGUGAUUGACAGCUGCACGGGCUGCACUCUGUGCCUCAGCGUCUGUCCCAUCAUCGACUGCAUCAAGAUGGUCACCAUGGCAAAACCAUAUAAACCCAAGAGGGGAGUGCCUGUCAGUCCUGUCUGCUAAAGGGACGGACCAAUAACCAACACUUCCCACCUAUUUAAUAAUAGAAACAGAUAUUCUAAUGUUUGUUUUAAGUCAUCUGCAACAUGAGGUUUGAGACAUUUGUUGCCUUCUAAAAAUGAUGGAAUUAAUUUGGAUGAUGUAAAACAGGGCUAUUCAAUUGGCGGCCCACGGGCCAAAUCCGGCCCGGGGUGAUAUUUACUGGCCCUUUGAGAAUAAUGUUAAAAAGUGAUCUACUUUUUUUUUAAAGAUUUUUUUUUGGGUCAGAGUGCCUUUAUUCCAGAGAGGGUGAGAUAGAGGGAAAGACAAUGCCUGAAAACUUCGGCAGGCUCUGGUUUCGAACCCACCUACUAGCUACUGUAGUGACAACUCCUGUCAUUUAUUGCAUCUCUGCGUGAAUGAUUAGAUAAUUUCACCUAAAUGAAAUCAGACAAUUACUAUUUUAAUGUGCAUUAACUGUAUGCUAAAUGUAUGUGUCUUUGAUUGGGUCUAUGAAUAAAAUAAAGGUUUUCUUAUGCAGCA